AUGACCCUUUGGCUACUGCUAGUUCUGUCCAUUUGGGUUGGACCUGAUCGAGCCGGCUCCGCCCAUUCCAACGAACGGCGGGUUGUAGCACACAUAUCUGGCGACAUCAUCAUCGGAGCCUUGUUCUCUGUCCAUCACCAGCCUCCUGCUGACAAGGUACACGAGCGCAAGUGUGGUGCAGUGCGAGAGCAGUAUGGGAUCCAGAGGGUGGAGGCCAUGAUGCACACGCUGGACCGCAUCAACAGUGACCCGCACAUCCUUCCCAACAUCACCCUUGGCUGUGAGAUCCGGGACUCGUGUUGGCACUCGGCCGUGGCUCUGGAGCAGAGCAUCGAGUUCAUACGGGAUUCGCUUGUCUCCUCCGAUGAGGCGGAGGAGUGGGGUGGAGGAGGCUCUUGGGCUGGGGGAGCUGGCGGAGGACCGACAAUGAAGUGCGCCGACCCCUCUGCCACGCCGAUGCGGGGGAAGAAGCCUAUAGUGGGGCUGAUUGGACCGGGGUCGAGCUCAGUGGCCAUCCAGGUUCAGAACCUGCUACAGCUGUUCAACAUACCACAGAUUGCCUACUCCGCCACCAGUAUGGACCUCAGUGACAAGAGCCUUUAUAAGUACUUUAUGAGGGUGGUGCCUUCAGAUGCCCAGCAGGCAAGAGCCAUGGUGGACAUUGUCAAGAGAUACAACUGGAGCUACGUGUCUGCUAUUCACACUGAAGGCAACUACGGUGAAAGUGGGAUGGAAGCGUUCAAGGACAUGGCAGCCAAGGAGGGCAUCUGCAUCGCUCAUUCUGGCAAAAUCUGGAGCAACGCUGGACAGCAGAGCUUCGACCGGCUGCUGGAGAGACUGAGGGCCCACCUGCCCAAGGCCAGAGUGGUGGCUUGUUUCUGUGAAGGCAUGACCGUCCGCAACAUCCUCAUGGCCAUGAGACGCCAGGGACUGGUGGGAGAGUUCCUGCUCAUCGGCAGUGAUGGAUGGGCGGACAGGUACGACGUGACGGACGGUUUUGUUAGGGAGGCAGCCGGCGGUAUUACCAUCAAGCUCCAGUCGGCCGACGUGAAGUGGUUUGACGAGUACUACCUUAAACUUCGGCCUGAGAACAACAUCCGGAACCCCUGGUUUCCAGAGUUCUGGCAGCAUCGCUUUCACUGUCGGAUUAAAGGCCACCCGCAGGAGAGCAGCAAGUACAACCGCACCUGCAGCAAGCGAGAGUCGCUUCGGCAGCAGUACGCACAGGACACCAAGAUGGGGUUCGUCAUCAACGCCAUCUACUCAAUGGCAUAUGGCCUGCAUAAUAUGCAGCGGGCUCUCUGCCCAGGUUAUCAGGGCCUAUGUGAUGCCAUGCGACCUAUAGAUGGUGCCACACUGCUGGACUUCCUGAUGAAAACUAACUUCACCGGAGUGUCAGGGGAGGGAAUCCUAUUCGAUGCGAAUGGAGACUCGCCCGGCAGGUAUGAGAUAAUGAACUUUAAAAAGAUGGGGAAGGACUACUACGACUACAUUAAUGUUGGCAGCUGGGACAACCGCGGCUUGAAGAUAGACCAUGAUGAAAUCUGGCCCAACAAAGAGGCCAUCAUCAAGUCAGUCUGCAGUGAACCCUGUGACAAAGCACAGAUUAAGGUGAUCCGUAAAGGGGAGGUGAGCUGCUGCUGGACGUGCACUCCCUGCAAAGAAAACGAGUUUGUGUUCGACGAGUACACCUGUCGAGCCUGUGAGCUGGGCUCGUGGCCGACCUUUGACCUCACAGGCUGUGACCCGAUCCCAGUUGAGUACCUGCGGUGGGGAGACCCUGAGCCAAUAGCUGCUUUGGUCUUCGCCUGCCUCGGUCUAAUGUUCACAUUCUUUGUCACUGCCGUCUUCAUCAGAUUUCGGGACACCCCGGUGGUGAAAUCUUCCAGUCGGGAGCUGUGUUACAUAAUACUGGCAGGGAUCUGCCUGGGUUACCUGUGCACCUUCUGCCUCAUAGCAAAACCCCACAUUAUCCACUGCUACCUCCAACGACUGGGAAUCGGCCUGUCCCCUGCCAUGAGCUACUCUGCACUCGUCACUAAGACAAACCGCAUCGCCCGGAUCCUGGCGGGCAGCAAGAAAAAGAUCUGCACCAAGAAACCUCGCUUCAUGUCGGCCUGCGCUCAGCUCAUCAUUGCCUUCCUCCUCAUCCUGCUGCAGCUGGGCAUCAUCGUGGCUCUCUUCCUCAUGGAGCCACCUGAGGUGAUUCAUGACUACCCCAGCAUCCACCAGGUCAACCUCAUUUGCAACACCACCAACAUAGGUGUGGUGACGCCGCUGGGAUACAAUGGCCUGCUCAUCCUCAGCUGCACCUUCUAUGCCUUCAAGACCCGCAACGUCCCGGCUAAUUUCAAUGAGGCGAAGUACAUUGCCUUCACCAUGUACACCACCUGCAUCAUCUGGCUGGCCUUUGUACCCAUCUACUUUGGGUCCAACUACAAAAUUAUCACCAUGUGCUUCAGUGUCAGCCUCAGUGCCACUGUGGCUCUGUGCUGCAUGUUUGUACCAAAGGUGUACAUCAUUUUGGCCAAACCGGAGCGUAACGUGCGCAGUGCCUUCACCACAAGCACCGUGGUGCGCAUGCACGUGGGUGAUGGCAAAUCUUCCUCGGCUGCCAGCCGUUCAUCUAGUCUGGUUAACCUGUGGAAGCGCAGAGGCUCCACUGGAGAGACACUCAGCUCCAACGGUAAAUCAGUCUCCUGGGCACAGACGGAGCGCAGCGGCUCGCGUGGCAACCACCUGUGGCAGCGGCUGUCCUUCCACAUCAAGAGGAAGGAGAACAACCAGACCGCCGUCAUCAAGCCCUUCUCCAAAACCUCUGAGGAACGCUACUGUGGAAGAGGCGACCUUCCCCCGCACGUUCCCCUGCCCUCCCUCCCCUCCAUGUCCUCCAUGUCCUCCCAUCACGACAUCGGACCGGACAAGACCCUGUACGAGCUGUCGGAAGCAGAGGAGCGCUAUUCGAUCACGUACCGGCCGCAGACGCCCUCGCCGAUCAGCACGGUCAGCCAGAGAUUAGGGCCGGGUUUAGGGGAGGAGCCUCAGAUGUCUGGUAUUCCAGCGUACCCGGGCAGCAUCUGCAGCGGGGGCAGCGGCAGCAGUUGCGGUCCCAUCAGCAGCUGCUCUGUCGUCACUGGGAGUGAUGGCCGUUUGAUCAUCGUGGACGAUCACCCGGGGGUGGCCCAGAGCUCGCUGAUGGAUCAGAUCAGCUGCGUAGUAAACCGCUUCACCGCCAACAUCACCGAGCUCAACAGCAUGAUGCUCUGCCCCUCUCCCACUCACUCACACACAAACAAGCACACUCCCCCUUCCCCUCAGCCCACCGACCCCUAUCUGUUACCCCGUGAAAUGCACGCGGCCCCGACCCUCACCACCUACGCUGAUGUCCAGCCCCUCCCACCUGUCGAGUCCAGCCUGGGGGGCCGGGGUGGCUGCCUCGCUCACCCUAUGCCUCAUUCACCUUACCCACUACCGCCUCCUCACCCCCAGGCUUCCCCCUCCCUCUCCCCUAUGCGCGGCGGCCUGGUUAGCUGCCUGAGCGGCUCCCCUCUUAGGAGGGCGGAGCUGGAGGAGGAGCUCUUCGCGUUGACUCCUCCUUCGCCGUUCCGUGACUCUCUGGCGUCCAGCAGCAGCAGCUCGCGUGGCUCUGAGGCAGACCUCUGUCUCCCACCAGUCCCCUCCCAUCCUCCCCCCUCUCCCCCUUCGCCCAGAUUUAGCAGACUGACGCUCAGAAACUACAGCCAGAGUUCCUCCUCACUGUGA